GCGUUAAUUUAGAGAGUAGAUUAUUAUUACUUGUGGUGAGUUAUUUUACUUAAAACAAUUAUUAUAUUGUGCGCAUAUGUGUGAAAAAUAAUUUGAAACUUCAUCCAGCAUUCAAACGUAACGUUCUUGUUCACAAAGAGUGUAAAGCCUUAUCGUUUAGAACGUGUAUUGUUUAUCGAAUCAUUGGAUCAGACUUCCCUUCGUGAAUGAAUGAAACCUGAAUUUUAAUUAAACAAGUGUUUGGGUACAGUUAAGUGCGCGAGCAAUAUUGGUUGUUGGAUACAUUUUUGCGCGGGACUUGUUGUGAUGUGAAGAUUGGAUCUUGCUGAUCACGAUUUAUGAUGACCACUCUAUUGGUGGCUUCAAGACUAAGUUUGGAAACCUUUGCACUAUGUCCUAUUCUCAGGAAUGACACUUAAUAGUGAACAAGUUCUAUAAAUCAGAGUUCAUGGUACUUAAGAAAGGAAACACUGUACCGCUGUCGGUACCAGGCAUGGGUGAACCAGUGAAAAAGAAGCAAAAACUGAGGGAAGACAGCCGAAAUGAAAGUUGUAAUGAAGAUUUGGAACAACUUCAAAGAAAUUUGUUAAAUCAGUGCCUCUGUUCUAUGUCAGAAAGUUGCUUGCGCAAACCAUUUCAGGGUAUGAAGGUUGUUACAGAAGAAGACAUUCAAGGUUUCAGGCACACUGUUGUUGCAGAGUGGAACAGAAACAGAACUUUGCAAUUUGUCAGUUGUGUCCAAUUGCUUUGUGAAGUGGCUAUUAAACAGAAUGCAAAAGGUCUGUUGUGUUCUAGGAUCGGGGAUGUUUGUGAUGCUCUUGUUAGAAAUGAAUAUGGGCUCGUGGAUCAUUUGAUAGAAUUAGCUGAUCACCCUGAUAGAUUUGUUUGUUUUUCGGCUGGGAGGGCACUUUCAUCGUUCUUUCUGGUCUCCAGAGCUCAUGUAGACCCUAGAUGGUUGGAUAGACUGACAGAUAACGCCCUCUCUAUUUCAAACCCUCAAAAAGUAUCUUUUUCUUUGGAAGUAUUCAAACGGGUCAUAGAAUGGAAGGAUUGUGAUGAACAUCCAUUGGAGCAGAGAGGAGAAGAUGAUCACAUAGCUUCCUGUCACGCUUUGAGUGUCAAUGAUCCAGAAAGUCACGACAGCAGUCAGAUCAAAUGCCUGUGCAUUAAAGCUCUCGAGUCUAAAUGGCCGACAAUCAUAAACAGGUUUGACGCUCUUAUUUCAUCGUACUCACCCUCCUACGAGUCGACGAUAGUCACCUUCCUGGAUUUAUGGGAGAUGAUAAUUUCAGUGAAGGCGAACUUAUCAGUAGUAGACACCAAGCCAUUUUAUGACCACGUCGACAGUUUUGUCGCUCUUUUGAAUUCGGGAGUACCUCCUGUAAUCUGGAAACAUUUGUUGGGACUGUUCAACGAGGUGUUAUGCUACGGCAGCACUCUCGCUCUGCAGGAUAUCUUGGAUGAUGAGCCGUGUGCUUUAGCUCAUCUCAUCGUGCGAAGUGUCAAGGACUGGCGGUUACUGGACUCCUUACCCUACCGGGGAGGAGGAGGGGGCUUUGUCGGAGGAGCUGGAGAUGGUGAUAGGCCACUUCUUCAAAAAGCUACUCUUCUGGUUUUAAAAGCAGUAGCUGUGACAGUAAAGGAAACAAGAUCAGAUUCUUCUAGCGACAGCUCUCUGGGAUCGGAGACGGAGGAUGCAGACGCUGACAUGGCCGUUAUUGAAAGAAGUAUAAGGGAAGUGCUGAGACAGCUGGAUCUGUGUGUGAAGGCUCUACUCCCUUACCAUCCUGAGACUCCCGUUGCUCAGUGGGUUGUUCAGCUAUUUACUGAUCAAGACGACGCUCUCAUCGAAGCUAUGGUGUGCUGCUUGGACGUCACUGUAGGAUUGUGUUACAGAGAAACAACACUGCCUGAUCUGAGAAGAAUUUUGAAUCCAAUUUCAACAUUUGUUCAAUUCCUACAGACGGUUUCACAUGAUCCCGAUGUUUUGCUGGAUCUUCUUGUCAGCAAUGAGACCUGUUUUCUACUCUAUUUGCUUCGCCUGUUGAAAUACAUCCGUCGUAAUUGGACUGAGUUUGUGACAGUGUGUGCCCAGGACUUGGACGAUACAAUGAGUGUCAUCAUUCGCCUACGACUCGCAAUAGACAGACUUGUGUCUAAGGAUUUGUUUCCCUACAAUAUCAACCCUGUAUUGAGGCUACUCGAGAAGUGUGAAAACUUGUACGAAGGAAGCUCUGCAUCAUAGCCUCGGGUUGAGAUUCAUUCGAUGUAGGUCAUAUUAUUUUUAAGUGCAAUUUUAAUUAAAAUUAUAUUUAUUCAUAUUAAUAUAACUUUGAAUAGCUAGCCUAUUAGUAAUUUAUUAUUUUUUUAAUAACUCUUCAGGUUGUACAAAUUAAAGUAAGUAGUAUUGAGGGUUUAUUGAUCAUCCUUAUGGUGUCAACUUGUUUAUACAACUUAAACAUAAAUUAAUAUUUUUAUUGUCAUAAAAAAUAAAAUUGUAACAUUCCAAUUUAAAAAUAGCUUUAUAAUUUAGUGUACGGUACGCUUUUUAAUAGUCCCUACUGAAAUUUAAAGAUAUUCACAUCUAUAUUUUGGUAAUUUCAUCUAAUAGAAAACUGUACCUAUGAGAAUUGUACAAUGCAGCUUAUUCAUAGCAACUUUAUUUUGUCAGAUAAUUGAUCAGUUAGUAUUAACAAAUAUUUUGUGGUUGAAGAUUUAUUCAUUUUAACACUAUUUUUAAACAUGUCUAAGGUGGAGUGUAUGAUAAGUAAGAGUGAGACCCAUACUUGCCUUCAGAUCUAAGUACCAUGUACUUAAUCCAGGUUGUCUAUUCAGACAUCCUGUUAUUCCCCAUAGUUACCCGAGAGUAGGUGCUCUAACCUACCAAGUGCUGAAUUAUUUAUUUCCUAGCUUUAAUCACAAUAGAACUACUUUAAGGCAGUUAUAAAUGCACAAAGGUUUUAUAUUUAAGAGCUAUACUGUAUGUAAAGUGCCAUCUAAAUGUUAUAAUUUGUUUAUUGUCAGAAGUUACUGGUGUAUCAACAUACUGGUAUGUUGAACUUUUAACUUAUCUAUUUUGUUGGUGGAGAUAAUUUAAAAGCAGUUUAUUAUUGUAUGAAUACUUUAUAAUGAUGACUCACAUUUUGAACUGUUGAACUAAAUAAUAUUUCAUCCGAGGAACCUUAUGAUUGAAGUUGCAAUAGUUUUAUAACAAUAAGCUUUUUUCAGUUAAUAACACAAUUUAGGAAUGUUUAUUAAUCCAAAAAAAUAAUGUUAUUGAAGAUUUAUUUGUUGAAAUUUUAAAUUGUUUAUAUAGUUUCAAAACAGCAACAAAAUAUUUGUUUCAAUUGCUAAAGAAAGAGAUAGGUUAAUACAUUUUGUUCUAUCAUUUUUUGUAUAGGCCUGCCUUGUUUUAAAGAAAAAGCAGAAUAUUAUCAACUUAGCCUAUACUCAGCAUAUAGAAACAAAUGUUUCUAAGGCUUCGUCAGUGAGUAGCCUAUAUGAUUCAGGAAAAAAAUACAGAUUCAACAUAAACUUUAUAGUUAGUUGUAUGUUAGUUAGUUAAUUCUUAAAAAAAUCAUUCAAACUAUUCACAAAAAGCGUAAUUGUAAAUUACCAUUUUAAUGCCAUUUAAAGGAUAUGACAUUUUUAUUUGUCCAUCCUGAGAAACAAUUUUUGCCUGUAAACUUUUAAAGUUUCAGUUUUUAUUCUGUAUAUAGGGCCCAUGACAUAGAGUGUAUUUAUUUUGUAAUAUAUUGUAUUUUUAUAUUUGAAAUGUAAAUAAAUAUAAUGUCAAUAAAAUAGCAGAAUCAUUGUAUAUAAUGUGGUAUAUAUAUUUUUUAAUAAAUUUUAAUUUGUAUUA